AUGACGGUCUUCGCCCAGCGCCUUGUCGAAGCGAAAGGUGGGCGUGUGGAAGGCCACGGCGCAAAAGAGGAGCUGGCAGGCAUAGCAGCCUGGCAUAGCAGCGGCCGCCCGCUGGCAACCUUCGACCUGUUGGAAGACGAGUUGGAGAGGGCAGCUUGGGCUGGAAUCCCUCCGAAAACCGCGCAGUCCCAGGAGUUCACGACUUUGAGCCAAUGGUACCGUGCCAACUCUCCCCCGCGUACGCCCGCUGACACCCUGUCUGGAUGGUACUUCGACGGACAGCCGCGUCCAGACUCGAGUCAGCCCGGCACCACGGAGCAGUACCACAUCGGCUCCUUCUUAGGCCGUUAA